AACAUUUGGACUCUCUGCAACUUGCUGUUUAUCAAUGCUUCUGACAGGAGGAGGGCUUUUCUUUUGCUCCUGCUUUUUCUAGAAACAUGACAACAUCCUGGCCGUUGGAGUAGCACGGAAAGGAGAGAGGGGCUGUGGGGGGAAGCGGAACAGGGAGGUCCCGUGGGAUCGGACGCUGGGGUCUGGGGCAGAGCAGGUAGUAGCUUGUAGUGCGGACAGCUGUCUCUGCCCCUCAGAGCUUUACUGGCUGCUAUGCAGCAGGUGCAGACUGGUCUCUCUCUGAGUCUUGACUCCACAAACGCAACGACUGGCCAAGGCAGUGGCUGGCCCUGGAUUACACAAGUGCAGACUCUCAACUAAGUGAGCUGGAAGACCCAGGAGAAGGCCGGGCCUCAGGUGCCCACAUGAUCAGCACAGCCAGGGUACCUGCAGAUAAGCCAGUACGCAUUGCCUUUAGCCUCAAUGACGCCUCAGAUGAUACACCAUCCGAAGAUGCCAUUCCUUUGGUCUUUCCAGAGUUAGAUCAGCAGCUACAGCCUCUACCACCUUGUCAUGACUCCGUGGAAUCCAUGCAGGUGUUCAAACAGCACUGCCAGAUAGCAGAAGAAUACCAUGAAGUCAAAAAGGAGAUCGCCCUGCUGGAGGAGAGGAAAAAGGAGCUCAUUGCCAAACUGGACCAGGCAGAAAAGGAGAAGGCAGAUGCUGCUCAGCUGGUUCGGGAAUUCGAGGCUCUGACGGAGGAGAAUCGGACACUGAAGAUGGCGCAGUCGCAGUGUGUGGAACAACUGGAAAAGCUUAGAAUCCAGUAUCAGAAGAGGCAGGGGUCCUCCUAACCAGAACCAGACGUGAUUAAAUGUGAGCAUAAGACGUCGGCGACUGCUGUGCGUCAAAAAGAUUUGUAUUUUAAAGGGCUAGACUGUAUUUUAAAGAAUCUAUUGCUUCUCUUUAUCACCCACAUGGCUAAUGUCUAGGGUUUUACUGCUGCCUAGAUUCUAGCUUGAGAAAGGGAUAUUUUAUUUUAAGUGAGAUCGUUAAUGCAAAGUUAUUACCAGUAUAUAUUUUCAGAGAUCAGAGUUCUCAUCCAAAGAUAUAUCUAUAUCUGUAUCUAGAUAUAGAUAUAGAUAUAUCUAUAUAUUUCUUAUUUAGGAAGAUAUGAUCACAUUAUGCUUUAGAGUAGAAAGUAAUAAAAUCAGAAUGUCGACUGACCCCACUGAGAACCAUGAGCCAUAAAACAAAGCAGUAAGAUGCUCACUGUAGCUUCGUAGUUUCACAUCCGCAUUUUAAAAUCUCAUGCCUUUCAUAUUUCAAGUCUGCUCAACUACAAACCAUAGAAACUUCUCUGCACAUAUUUCUGUUCAAUAGAGUCAGAUGCAGUUUUUCAGUGAUUGGUCGUCUUAAGAAUAAAUGGUUGCAUAUCAUAAAAGCUUUCUCAUGAACAUAUUAGCAGAGAUCAUGUCUGUGUCGAAGGCUCAUUUGCCAGUGCUGACUUGCUGUUGUAAUAAAGAAUCACCCGAGGCUGUGCUUCCUUCGCUCGGUGUUAACACACAGUAAAUAUCUUUGCCCUGGCUUUGUGCAUCCUGGAGAUAUGGGUAUGGGGGAAGAGGAAAGGUAUCAUUUGGGUAUUAGUUUGAUGAGUUCCCAUAAAACAUCGUGAAAUUAUAUAACUAUUAUGUUGAUUUGGAUUGAUGAGAUGUUUUAGAUCAGUAAGAAUGAAUAGAAAUAUGUGAGUAAAUUAAGAAUUAAAAUGGUUUUCCUUUUGUUCCAGUUCUCACAUUUUCCCACAUUAUCUUUUUUCUUUGUCCAUUUCUAGUCAUGUAACUCCUUUUUCAUUAAACAUGGAUCAAAAGUG